AUGCGUCUCAGCUAUUUUUUUGCGGCCAUUGUAGCGGCAUCGUUUCACGCGGGCGGCAUUGCGCUUCCUACGGCUCAGGACUUCAACACAGCCCGACUCGAGGAGGUCGCACCUGCGAUCGUUACCGCCUUUUCUCACGCAAAGAAAGGGGGGAAUCUACGUACUGGCAAGAAGAGCGCUCGGAACGAGGCACUGGAAGAAGAACGUGGGUUCGGAUCGUGGCUCAAGAAAGUCUUAUGCUUCGGUGGUGACGACAUUAGGAAAACCGAGCUGUUCCAGCGCUCUACCCCACUGUCACAAAUUCACAUGUUGAAGGACAAGGGUUUCAAACAUCGGGACAAGUAUUAG